CCGCUUAGUGUGUCCGGCGCUGCUGCUGCACUCAGUGGUGUCCGUGUGUGUGUGUCCUAGCGGCUAAAUAAACAGUGGAAAUGAAAAAAAGUUCUGUAAAGUGCUAGGGUUAAAGUCGCGAGCCGUGGGGUGUUUCAGGAAGGGAACAUUACUGAGAAAAAAUCUGUGCGUUUGAACCUUUUGAGAGUCAAACCGGAAGUCCACUUAUGGAUCUACAUCAUUGCCUUUGCUUCAUCUGACUUCACACCAGAUAAAAAUGGGAAACGGGAUGUCUGAUCAAUCCAGUAUAUUUUCUAAUCUUUCUCCUUGGAAGUCUCUGCACAUUACCAUUUUGGGUCUGGACUCUGCAGGCAAAACCACCGUCCUGUACAGACUGCAGUUUAAUGAGUUUGUAAACACUGUUCCUACUAAAGGGUUCAAUGCAGAGAAGGUCAAAGUAUGCCUUGGUCGCUCGAGGACAGUGACCUUUCACUUUUGGGAUGUCGGGGGUCAAGAGAAGCUGCGUCCGCUCUGGAAAUCCUACACUCGCUGCACUGAUGGCAUCGUGUUUGUGGUAGAUUCGGUGGAUGCUGAACGGAUGGAUGAAGCCAAAACUGAACUUCACAAGCUUGCACACUCGAUGGAGAGUCAAGGUGUUCCCAUGCUUAUUGUAGCAAAUAAGCAGGACCUCAGGAACUCUUUGACCCUGGCAGAAAUUGAGAAGAUGCUGGCAUUAGGGGAACUCGGCGCCUCUACUCCAUGGCACUUGCAGCCUUCAUGUGCUAUAAUUGGUGAUGGUUUACUAGAAGGGCUUGAAAGACUGUAUGACAUGAUCCUUAAACAGAGGAAAAAGCUAAAGCAGCAGAAAAAGAAGUAAUGAGUCAUGCUCAGAAACCAGUAGAAAUGGGUUUAUAUUGUGAUGCUAAGGGAUGGCUGUAUUUUGGUCAGAGUAUACUUGGUGAGUUUUCUCCGGGUGCUUCGGCCUCCCAGAGUCCAAAGGCUUAAGCCUCUGUUCCCUAUAGUGUGUGUGUCCUGCAAUGCAUUGGCACCCUGUACAGGGUGUACUCUGCCUAGUGCCCUUAGUCUCAUGGGAUAGUCUCUAACCCUGUACAUAUGCAUAUAGAAGAUGAAUAAAUAAAUAAAUUUAUCACCUAACUGAGUUUUAUCAGUUUUAUCAUAGUCUUAUGGUUUGUAAAAUCCCAGGGCUUUAAGCACAUUUCUAUUAACUCGGGAGUGAAGGAUCUAAGUGACAUUUCUUAAAGUACUGUGCAGAUUAAACAUUUAUUACUUGAAGUGUGUUAAUGAUGAAGGAAGUAUAAGUGUUGGGUGUGUUCUAUUUAUGAGAACUGUAUGUAAUGUAACAUAUGUGUCAUAUUUCAGGUUAAUGUAGGACCAAAAAACACUGGAUGUCUUCUACUUUUUGCUGAUUUAAUUUACUCUUUUUUUUUUUUAUCUUGUAAAACAGGUCUGUAACACUGCACCCCAAAUUACUUUCUUGAUUUUUUUUUUUUUCCUCCUUCUUUUUCCUUUUGGGGAACUUUUAUAUUAAUUACAAGCACUUUAGUUGUCAUACUCAUUUUAUGUAAAUGUUUAAGAAUAUUAAGUAUAUAUUUUAUUAAUAUAAAUAAAUAUUCCUAUUGUAAAAGGUCAUUUAUUUUUGCUGAUGCAUUUUUUCAAUACUUGUUCCUAGACCUCAAAUAUCACUGGAGGAUCGAACUAUCCCUCUUUUCGUGCGAAUGUUGAUUGCAGAUCUGUAGAUGUUUAUCAAGAAUUAUUUUAGUUCUGCUUCUGUUUUUGUUGGUCACUGCUAGCAGUGGCUUUAGAUAAAAAAAAUAAAAAAAAACAGAGAACAGCCAAUAUGAUGUUAUCAGAAUCCAGUCUGAUUCUGACUUCCUUUUCAUGACUUUUUUAAAACUCAAAAGCUUAUGUACA